AUUUAAGCAAACAUUAAUGACAUUUUAUUUUUAAACUAAAAGUGAUGAAAUGAAUUUAUCGUUUAUUGAAGAAAGUUUUUAUUUUACUAAAAUUUCGUACGAUUUUCUUAAAGGCGUAGCAGUAAAUUCAUCUAUUCUACUUAAGACCGAAAUAUACAAUUUUAGCAGCGGCUGGAAAAGCCCUAUUGAAUUUACCCCUCUUCAGUUCAUCCUACUGAAAUUGGUACUAUUACUCAUUUUUAGCACAGCUCUUUUAAUAGCUUAUUCCUGGCACAUAUACGGUAGAGUGAUCACAGAAAAGUUUGUACGACCAAGUAAGUAUAUUGUACGUUGAAAGAGAUCGAAGAACUUAAACGGUCCGUCGCCAAUCUAAAACUUCCUAAAGAGCAUUCCCCAAGAAUAUAAAAACUUAAAAUGUCAAAAAUUAAGAAAUAUUUUUUAAAAAAGAAGCAAGAGGCUUCAUUCAAGCUUAAGCUGGGUGGCAGUAUGGGGCAAGGGCAUGCAUUGAAUGCACCUAAACCAGAACCAUCAACAUCUCGCCAAUCACGCGAUACUUACGUUCCACCAAAACGUAAAGAAUUGAGCGCAGAAGCAAGAGCAGCAGCUGCUGCUGCAUUAGCACGAGUAGAUAAAAGGGAUUCUAAAGAGUUUAACACUUCCUUAGCAGCAAUCAAAGCUCAAGCAAAGCGUGAACUUGAAGCAGAAAGAAAGUUAAGAUCUGCCGAAUCAAGUCAAACUGAUGUAGCAACUACUUCGACUGUUUCUAUUAGACAAAACGAAAAUCUUGCAUGUCAAGGGGUUUUCUUCCGCUGUCCAUUAAUAAGUGAAGAAAUAUUGCCCAAAAAGGAUUGGAAAAUAAAAAUUAAAGAGUUCCUGUACCAACAGUUAGAAGGGGAACGCGCACUUACCGCAUGUCUAAUUAUACAUAAUUGCAAUACUAAAGAGAAGGCAGAAGAUUGUAUACAAACUUUAACAAAAUAUCUGGAAAAUAUUAUCAACCACCCCGAUGAUGAAAAGUACUGUAAAAUAAGAAUGUCUAACAGAAUUUUUAGUGAAAAAGUGCGUUAUGUUGAAGGGGCAUUAGACUUUUUACUUGCCGCUGGCUUUCAAGAAAUUGAAUUAGAUGGUGAACCUUUUCUACUUUGGUCUAAGGAACAUACAGAAACGGAUUUCGAUUUGCAAACUUUGUUAGAAGCGUUGAGGAACGCAGAACCCAUUCCAUUAGAAUUGGAUCGAAAUAUUAAAGUAUUGUUACCAUCACAAGUAAGGAGAGUAACACUUCCAGAUGACUUCUACAGAAUUUCACCAGAAGAGAUCAAGCGUGAACAGCAAUUGCGAAGUGAAGCUAUUGAAAGUGCACAAGUGCUUAAAACAAAAGCAAUGCGGGAACGCGAGGAGCAAAGAAACUUACGCAUGUAUCGUUACUCUUUAGUCCGUGUUAAGUUUCCGAAUGGAAUUUAUAUUCAGGGCACAUUCAAUGUUUACGACAGAGUCAGUGAUAUUUAUGAAUUUGUACAAUCAUGUUUAAUCGAUGAAGCAACUGAGUUUAAUUUGGUAAUAUCAAGUGGUGGUAAAUUUACCGAAGCAGAUUUGGAUAAAACUCUUUAUGAUAUGCGACUCAUUCCAAACGUCUCACUGCUUUUUACUUUAACAAAUGAAACUGUUAUUAAUUCCGCUGAUGUUAAUUUUUUGAAAGAAGAACUAUUAAUGUUGGUUCAAUCCAUAUGAAAAAAUAGUUGUACAAAUUUUCCUAAAAUUACACAUGUUGCCACUUGUUGCUUGAGUUUAUUAUAUCUUAUACAUACACACAUAAAAAAAUAUAUUUGUAAAUUAUUUA